CGCCGCCUGCCAAGCGAUAAAACGCCCCCCUACGCUGCAGAUAGCUCCCGCGCCUUCACAGAAGCUACCUGCUACCUGCAUCGUGCUGCGCAGUCUCGCCGGUGCGUCCUUCACCUCCAACGCGCCGCCUCGCUACAUCUGCAUCCUGCCCUGCGCCCGACUCGAUCCGCUCCACCCUCGCCGCCCCGUUGCUCCGCCGAACCGGGUCCGCCAAAGCCACGCUCCCCGGGCGACACCUCGCGCACCAUGGCUGCUCCCGCGACGCAAUCGCUCAAGUGCGUCGUAACCGGCGACGGCGCUGUAGGCAAGACAUGUCUCCUCAUCUCGUACACGACCAACGCCUUCCCGGGCGAGUACAUCCCCACCGUCUUCGACAACUACUCGGCAAAUGUCAUGGUCGACGGAAAGCCCAUAAGCCUGGGGCUGUGGGAUACCGCCGGCCAGGAGGACUACGACCGACUGCGCCCGCUCUCGUACCCCCAGACGGACGUGUUCCUCAUCUGCUUCUCCAUCGUCAGCCCCCCGUCGUUUGACAACGUCAAGGCAAAGUGGUACCCUGAGAUAGAUCACCACGCGCCCGGCGUUCCCAUUAUCCUCGUCGGCACCAAGCUCGAUCUGAGGGACGAUGAGGCGACCAAGGAGUCGUUGAGGCAGAAGAAGAUGGCGCCCAUCCAGUACGAGCAGGCUGUCAUGGUCGCAAAAGAGAUCAAGGCGCAGAAGUACCUCGAGUGCUCCGCCCUCACACAGCGCAACCUGAAGAGUGUCUUUGACGAAGCCAUUCGCGCUGUCCUCAGCCCCCGUCCCCAGCAGUCGGCGACCAAGAAUAAGAAGAAGUGCACCAUCCUAUAAGCCGAUACCAGGGCACAGGGGCCACGGCUUUGGGGUGACUGGGAAAAGACCAACAACUUGGAUAUGCCACUCACUCCACGACACUGUACACGGUCGGCAUCAUUGGGAAGCCCAAGCGGAACGGCGGGACUAAGCAGAAGGGGCACAUGCUUUGCAGCACC